AUGCAAUUGAACCUCCACGCCCUCGUCCUCGCCAAUUUGGCUCUCCUCGCCGCUGCCGCACCAGUGGCCGUUCCUGCGCCAGACACCCCCGUCCUCGCCCGGGACUUGGCCGACACCAGUGACAACACAGUCGCUUUGCCCGUUGACGUAUUCAGCGGUGGCAACACCCAAAUAGGCCACGCGUUGUCCUACAUCGGCCAGAUCGACCGCCGCAAGGACGCCGUCUCCGCGCGCGACUUGGUCAGCGUCGACGACAACUCGGUCACCAUCCCCGAUGACGUCAACAACAAUGGCAACACCCAGCUAGGCGACGGAAUCUCCACCAUCGGCCGUCGCAAGGACGUUGUCUUCGCGCGCGACUUGAUCGACCUCAGUGACAACACAGUCGCUUUGCCCGUCGACGUCUAUGGCAAUGGCAACACCCAAUUGGGCCACGCGAACUCCAUCAUUGAUAAGAUCGCCCGCCGCAAAGUCAUCUUCGCGCGCGACUUGGCCAGCGUCGGCGAUAACUUGGUCACCCUCCCUGUUGACGUACAUGGCAAUGGCAACACCCAGCUGGGCGACGGAGUCUCCACCAUCGGCCGCCGCAAGGACGUCGUCUCCGCGCGCGACUUCAUCAGCAUCGAUGACGACACAAUCACCUUGCCCGUCGACGUCUUCGACGACGGCGAUACCCAGGUGGGCUACGGGGCAUCCAUCAUUGACGAGAUCGAACGUCGCGAGGACGUCGUCUCCGCACGCGACUUGCUCAGCAUCGAUGACAACACGACCAAUGCUCCCGUUAACGUCCAUGGCAAUGGCAACACCCAGCUGGGCGACGGAAUCUCCACCAUCGGUCGCCGCAAGGACAUCGUCUCCGCACGCGACUUGCUCAGCAUCGAUGACAACACGACCAAUGCUCCCGUUGACGCCCAUGGCAAUGGCAACACCCAGUUGGCCGACUGGGAUUCCAGCAUCGGCCGCCGCAGUGAACGGCGACCUGAAUUGUACUUCACGGACGUAGUGAUCGUGAAGGCCAAUGUGGCAUUCGCUGUUGCGUCCGGCGCACUUUUCCAGUACUCGAUGUUACAAAACAAUGCGUUCGAUCGAUAG